GUGAGCGGUGCGGAGGAGGAGACAGAGACUUGCGCAAGUUCUGUAUUCAUUAUUAACCACGUACCCAGCGGCGCUGCAGUCCCAUAGUGCAGUGCGUUUUUACAUAGCCAUCUUGUGUCGAGUGAGAAGAGGAAGGGAGGCAGUUUGUGAAAUUCAGUUCCCUUGAGUCUGUGAAAAAGAGAAGAGUGAAGAGCGAAGAGUCCGGGAAAGCUGUAUAACUGUCUUUACUGUCCUUCCUAACAGCUGAGACCUCCAGCUUCCACUGAGAAAGACGUUGAAAUUAUACUCUGUCAACAGAAUGUCGUACAUGCUAAUUCCCAGGUAAAAAAAGUGUUAUAAAAAGGAGAGUUGAGUAGAGCGGGCCCGCCUCAGACUAAAGUAGCUGCUGCAGCUGGGGAUCUAUAUCUGCGACAGCGGCCUGCUGACAACUCGGGAGCCGGGUGAUCAGCUGACUGAGCAGGCCGGCUUUUGAGAAGAGAAGAAAAGAAAGCUACGAUCGGAAAGAGAAGAGGUAGAGGCGGAACUGCACGACUGGAGUAGAGAAGGUUGGACCAUAUAUGUUUUUUUUGAAGUCGUAAGAGCAACAGGAGGAAAGAGGAAGGAAGAUGCUGUAUAACCGUGUUGCUAACAGUUAUACACUGUGAAAUCGUUAUCUAUUUUUGUUUUCGUUUUCGUAGACUGUAUACACUUUAUCAUAAUCGGGGAGUGUGGAGUCAUUUAUUUUGUCGGUCUCAAAAUGUCAAAAAUGCCGGCGAAAAAGAAGAGCUGUUUUCAGAUCACAAGUGUCACCCAGGCUCAGGUGGCUGCUAGCAGCAUCACUGACGAUACUGAGAGUUUAGAUGACCCGGACGAAUCGAGGACUGAGGACGUCUCAUCGGAAAUCUUUGAUGUCUCCAGGGCUACAGAUUUGGAGCCAGAGGAAGUUUGCGAGAGAAGUUCGUCUGAAGAAACCUUAAAUAAUGUUGGGGAGACCGAAGCCUCUGGUGCGAUUACACCGAAUAUACCUCAAGAUGGGCAGGCAGUGGCAUUAAGAAGCACAGUCUUGACAGCUCAUUCCGGCGUUCCCAAUGUUAAUCCACAAGUUUUGGGACUAGGAGGAACGUCAGCCCAGCCCCCUGCUGCUUCGGUUGGGGGUCUGCAACAGUCUACACCAGCAGCUAGCACUGGAGGGUCCGCUAAUGUGGUAGUAGUCACGUCCCAGUCUCCUCCCCCCACUGCCGCCGCCGCUUCUACUACUACAACUUGCAGUUCACGUUUCAGGGUCAUCAAACUUGAUCAUGGUACAGGAGAACCCUUCAGGAGGGGCAGAUGGACUUGCAUGGAAUUCUAUGAAAGAGAUUCCGAAGGCUCUAUAAUUACCAGGACUGUGGAUAGCAUGAGGCAUGCUACUACUUUGGAACACAGCACAGAUAGGGAUAGUGGUCUUGGUGCCACUGGCGGUUCUGUUGUGGGCCCUGCCGCACACUCAAUGCAGGGACCUGAUUCUACAGCUGACAGUUCAUUUGCUGCUGUUUCCCACUCGCAACAGGCUGACCAGAGCAGCCAGCCCUCUCAGCAGCAAGGUUACGGCAUGGUGCUUCAGACUGCCAGUGGAACUAUGGCACAAGGUGCGUUUCAGCCUCUUGCCUAUUCCAAUCCUGCUGUUCCUGGCAUCCAGCAAAAUGUUGUACCAACACAGCAGGCACAGGUCAAUGUGCCGCCUGCUACUGGACAAAUCCCCCUUGGACACAAUGGAAUGAGCAUGCAGCAUCAAAGUGUAACAAUGCAACAGGCUGGCAUGCCCGUGCCUUCUCAGCAUCAGCAGGUGCAGAAUCCACCCAGUAUACCACCAGUGUCUCAGCCCCAGCAGUUUGCAUAUUCAGUUCAGCCCCAGCAGCUCCCCCCUGCACACCUGUUGCCAAGCCAGCCCUCUACCCUACCCAGCAGUCAGCCGGAUUACCGACAGCACCUGCAUCUGCAAAGCGCCCCAGGAUCAACAGCACAGACCCUCCUGGUUUCCAGUCUUCCGGUGGGCCAGCCAGUCAGCCAGGGUCCCUCGCCAGUCAUGACGCCUGCUGCCAGCGGGGCCCAAGUGUUGGGACUGCCAGCUCAGACUGGUGAAUCAGCUGGGCAAGGCACUGGAGUCAUGCAAGGCAGUCAGUCAGCUCCUGCUCAGGGAGUCCUGCAGCAGCAAGGAGGUGUGGUGCAGCAAGGUGUAGGAACAGUGCCUGGCGUUGUGCAACUGCAGCAGCAGCAGCAGCAGGCUAUGAGUCAGCAUCAGGCUCCCGGGGUGGGUGGAAGCAGUCAACUCUUGGGCCUCCACCCAGGGGUCCUUGGCGUCCAAAACGUGCCUGCCGUUGUGCCCAGUACUGGUAUUUUGAGUGGGUCAACAAGUGUGCCCGGUGUGUCCAGCAAUCCUGUCACUAUGCCAAAUGUUACCACAACGAUAGGACAAUCCAAUAUGAUGAGUCAAUCGCAGGCCUCCAGGGUUGCAAACUUAGCCCAGGCUGGAGGGUCUGGCUUGCAAGGGCUACCAAGUGUAGCCUCAAACCUGCCCCAGUUCAAUUUCGGCCAGUUCCAGGCCCAAACCCAAUCUGUCGUCAGCCAGGUGGAUGAGAACCGAAGGAAUUCUGAUGUCCUACCUCAGCCUCCUGUAAUUUCUGGAAAAGAUCUUAUAAAGCCUUUCAUUCCUGAGCCCCUGCAUCUGUCAGCAGCCACCCCCAUGAACAGCAUAACAACAACAGUGUUUGGCAUACCCAUUACCAUUGAUGGGGAUGAAGACAGUACAUCUGGAGCAAGUGUUGUAGCCAUCGAUAACAAAAUAGAGCAGGCAAUGGAUUUGGUUAAAAGCCAUUUAAUGUAUGCAGUCAGAGAGGAAGUCGAAGUGCUGAAGGAGCAGAUUAAGGAGUUGUAUGAGAGGAACUCUGUACUGGAACGAGAGAAUGCUCUUUUGAAGUCCCUUGCUAAUAAUGACCAGUUAUCCCAGCUUCCUGUUCAACUGACCAAUCCCAGCAGCACUUCUCCCCCGCAGCAACAGCUAACAGCAGCACCUACAGAGGGUGGCUCCCAGCCAACGCUUCUUCCACAGCAGCCUAAUGUCUCCUCUGCGUGAAGCUUCUAAUCUUCAUAGAAAAAAAAGAAUUUAUCGUGUUUGCCACGGUGUUCUUGCCAGUCUACAAGUGAAGAGACGUGCUUCAGUGUGUGUGCUGUUUGGCCUUCCCAGUAUUAGACAAUCGUCCUGCAAGAGCUUUCUUUAACUUGACAUCUCAUGCAAAGCCAGUGGAGUCCAGGUUGUGUAAGCAAUUCACAAGGCAAUUGCUAGGAGGGUUCAAGUCGGAUUGAGGCAACUACUGUAUAUACAGUGUUGUAGAUGGGGUACAUCAAAUAAUUGAGGCUUACCGUGUGAUUUUCUUGAAAACCAAGGGGGUCGAUUUUUUAGCCUUGCUGUUUCAUGUUGUAAGAAGUGCGAGUCUGUUUUAAGAGCCACCAUACUUCAACAUGAGUAGCUAACAUACAUGAGUUCAGUUUAACUGUUUGCAUUUAUUUAUUACAGGGCUGCUAUUUUCAUAAUGUAAAUGAACAAUGUCACAGAAUCAGUUUAAUUGAGCUUUUUUGAAAUGUAAAAUAAUUGGUAAUACAACUAAUGGGUGGAAUUGCAGAAAAUAGUUAAAUAUAUAGGCAAUAAUAAAGAAAAUCCUGGCAUAGUGCUAACACUAAUGGCAAUUUUACUUUAGGAUUGUUUAUUUAGUUGAGACCCAGUUUGAAUGUAAAUUUUGUACAGAGUGUAAAGUAUAAAGAACGUAGCAAGUUGUACAGAUAGACACCAGUUCUUGUGAUAUAAAACCUUUAAAGAAUUUUCGGUGGCUAUUUUGAUGAAGAAAACAUUGCUCAUUUAUGUUGCUAGUUUCUUUAUCGAAAAAAGAAAAAAAAAAAUGAUUGCCAUAAUUCCCUCUCCCUUUAUUACUUUUUUUUUUUUUUUUUAGAAAUUUUUUUUUUGUACAUUUCUGUGGGUGGGGUGGGGGGGGAAAAAAGCUGUGAAAUUGUCCAACCUACUUUGUAACCAAAGAUGCAAAGCUGUGUACUUCAGUUUUAUUUUGUAAUGCACACACUCGAUGUAUUUUUUGUUUUUAGUUACUUUCUCCUUCACAAGAAAUCUUUUGUUGCUGUUUAGCAUGUCCUGCAUGAUCCUUAAUCUUCAAACCACUUUCUUACCUCAUGUUUUUAUUCAGCACUCUUAUUGUAACAUAAAUUAGUCUGUGAACAAUGUCAAUGGAAAAAAAAAAACAGAACGAAGAGCUGGCGUUGAUGGAGAAAAUCUAGUGGUGUUCACACUAGUUCGAAAAAUGAAGUGAGCCAUCUUUUGUUCAUUUAAAUGGUGUUAUGAAUUUCAUAUGCAGAAAAAGUUUUGUUACAUUGCAGAAUUUAAUGUAUUUAAUAAAUGCAACAUUCAGAUCCCAAGUGUAGUGUACACUGAGUAUUUAAAUUAAAAUUGUACAUUUCCUAAAUACAAUUUGAAAAAAAGUUAAAUGUAAUAAAAUGUUAUUCUUCCAUGUGUGCAUUUAAAUAUGUGCACACCACACCUUAGGAUUUUUAAAAGUUUUUUUUUUUUUUUGGUGUUUAAUCACACAUUAAUCAUUUGUCUUACUCGGUCAUAGGUGCCUUAUAUGAACCAACAAAAUAUAGAUCUGCAAUUCUAUGGAAUGUAUUACAAAAGCUGAUGAAAAGCUCACCUAUCUAGCAUAGGUUGUUCUGUGUAUCUUUGCAUAUUGUGGUGUGGGUUCUCUUGUUAGUCAGUGUUGUGCUGUAUGUAGACCAGUUCAAGAACCAUUCUUGUGUUUUAUGCACAAUUUAGUUUUACAUCACACUUCAUAAAAAAAUAAAUAAAAAAAAUACAAGUGUCUACAUGCAUAAAUAAAUGUAAAUAACUUAUUUUGUGCAAAAUGCUUGCAUUUAGACCAUGGUUCUGUUUACUGUUUCAUUCCAAAUGAUUUUUUUUUUAAGCUUAUAAUGCACUUUGGACCUGAUGAAUUUAAUGGAGCCUGACAUUCAUAGAUAGCCACAGACAAAACUUUAUUUAAUUAUAUCUUGAGAACCACAUACCCAGUUGUUAACUUGGUAUGGACAUUCCUUUUCAUAAGAGAUGUGUUCUGGCAUUGUCAUCUGUAUGACUAAGCACAAGAGGGUUUUAAAUCUAUGCCAUGUGACAUGUUUUUGCUUGAAUUAAAGGCUUCAUCUUGGGAA